AACAUGCUACAUGGCAGAGCCCUCGUGUUUUCUUUCCUUUUCCUCUGCUUUGUUGAAUACGGCCCCAAACCGUCAACAUCAAAUACCGUCGUAGCGCAGCAGGUGUAAAUGUAGCAUAAUUACCGCCUGCGAAGGUCAUUAAUACGCGUUUAAAAGGGGCCGGAUAGGAAGACGAAUCGUUAAUGCUCUUGGCAUCCAAACCACAAAAACGAAAACCAUCCAUUAGGUGAAAGAAUGUUUUUGCUCAAAGAGUAAACGUAUGCACAGCUUGGUGUGCAUUUGAAUAUGGCCUUUCUUGCGCUAUUAGCAGCGUAACGUACCAAUAGUAGGUGCUAUCUAAUUAAAAUCAUGCCAAAACGGUUAAACCACACGAGAAACAAAGCUUCUAAUCGGUUCAAAAUGAAAGUGACCAAUUUACAUAAAAUUGGACAGUAAAUGGAAUGGCCCUUCGACGUUAAUGGUUCCAAGCUUAGGUGGAUUUACGAUGGAAAACGAGGCAUAAUAAAAAAAAGGUAACCCAUCAAUUAUGUGGUGCUUUUUCUUGUGAUGAAAUACAAAGAUGAUUUAUCCGUUUGAAAUGGCCGAAAAGAUUGGAAGUGACUGGAAGAGGGAUUACUUUAAAGCUUCAUUUCAGGUGGUUUAUUAAUAUAUGAGCAUGUGGGACUAGAGGGACCCUGUUUAGCAACUGGUUUUUCGUAGAACUACUAUGAGGAAUUCAAAAAGUGGUUUGUUUGUUGAUAAAAAAUGUAAUUCUUGCGAUCAAAUAGGUUAGAAUCAAGAGAUACAUAAAUGCCUUCACUAUUAGGUGGGAUCAGUGCGAAAUAGUUUAUUAUGAACCCUUGCUUUACCUGAACAAAAUCCUCCCCUGAGACCCAUACAGACGGACAUAGUUGCUACAUUCAGGAAGUUUACAGCCCCAAGAAUCAUCCAUCCAAUGGUGCUUUAUUGUGCAACUUUGUUUCCUACUAUAAACUAAUUUACUGAACCCACGUUGUCACAACAAUAGGUGAAUAAAUAUUCAAUAGAACAUCGUUGGCGUGCUAACAAGACAAUGAAACCAUAGGGUGUAGGUCAUACGAACAACUUCACCCUAUUAUUUCAAUCGCAAUCGCUAACAUCCCCAACCAAAACACGAUUUCAUUUCGGACAUUAGAUCGCUUGAAGCAGAAUGAUCCAGAACAAUAGACGAGAGCCCUAACAUGCGCCAUACGCAUCUUGAACAAUUCUUUAGUACCACACGCAAAUGUCUCAACAAAAUGGGUUUCCACAAACCAUUUCAACAUGAAACAUUCAAAACGGGACACACCUCGCUAAAAGGUAUCCAUCAAAGCUCUUGUACAUCGUUCAACUGGAAUGAUCACCUUCCGAUGGGCCACUACCCACCGAUCCAAAACAGCCACCGUGAACAAUCGGACAAAUGGCGGUAUAGAAUUUCAAACCUCCCGAUCAUCAGUAUUGCCCAAGAACAACGUCAUAAACAUCAACCGUUCCCUCUCAGUCAUUAACCUCAAACCAUGGUACAUUGGUUCGUGGUUUUUUGGGCUUUUCCUUUUGUGAGAGCUUACAGUACAAGCUCUUUACCAAAACUUUUCAGCAUGUGGUUUAAAUUGAUGGAUUUGGUUGCUUUCGUUGCGGUUCCACCCAUUCUAGUGUGUCGCCUCAGGAGAACGAUCGGCCGAUUGCGGUAGCAUUAUUUGGUGUAUUGCGCCAAACCGUUGCCGAUAUACCGCCGAAAGGCAUGCUGAUUUUCCUCUCCAACGAGCCGUAACAUAACCGUUGCACGCAUGGUGGCCUGAGAAUGGGUGACAUUUUCCUAACGCCAUCUCCAAAAACUACUGUCACUCGGUCCCGUUGAACACCACGCACAACCUACCUAUUAUACAUAGUAGCUAUUAUAGUAAUUUUUGCAUUGUCAGCUGGAAAUGGAUCAGAAGCGUCCGGUGUACGAGGACAUCAAAAUUGAUACCGCGUUCCGGAAGAUAAGUCCGCGCUCGAUCGGCUUCCACAUAUGGCGCAUCCAGCACGAUCAUGUGGAAACACUACCGAAGGAUCAGUACGGAACGUUUUACGACGAGUGUGCGUACGUUAUCUAUGCAGCUUCACUAACCGGAACCGGUUGCGAUAAGAACACAAUCAGUCGCGAAAUCAAAACAGCCGGUGCAGCAAUAGAGCGCAACAUACACUUCUGGCUCGGUGCGAACAUUAGCGCGGAACGAUCGAAAUCGGCGGCAUAUAAAAUUAUUGAGCUAGAUCUGCAUCUUGAUCACAAAACGACGCAAUUCCGUGAGUCUCAGGGACACGAAGGCAUACGCUUUCUGUCCUACUUCAAGGACGAUGGUAUCGUUGUACAUUCCGGAACGGAUGCAUCCUCAACGCCGACCGAACCGCGGCUGUAUCAAAUCUCCGGUACAGCUCCACAGCGUUGCAUCCAGCAGAAAACGAUCAGCUGGCAGUGUUUCAACAGUGGACAGGUAAUGAUCCUCCAGACGGCGACCAUCGUGUUCGUUUGGAUCGGUCGAUCAACCGGGUCGGUAGAACGCAUCUUUGGCAUUCGGAUGGGUGAACGGUUGAAAAAGCUGCACAACCUUGCGGAGGUAGCCAUCGUUGACGAUGGUUAUGAACAGUCGAUGAGUAUCGACCGAAAGGAUGUUUGGAACGGUUACCUAAACCUGGCGAAACGUUUCGUAAAGCCAAUGCCACUCACACCGAGCAUUAGUGGUGAUACGCUGCUGAAACUGUACCAAUGUGACACCGUGAAUGGAGUGUUCCGGGUGGAGCUGGUUAAAACGGGCACGUUGGAGCAAGCUGAUCUGUACGGUCGGGACAGUAUCUACAUAGUGGACUAUUUCCCGUGCGCUAUCUGGAUCUGGAUCGGGCGCAGCUCGCAAAAACAGAACCGCGCCGAAGCGAUGCGUCACGUACGAGGGUAUGUGAUCAAGAAGGGUUACCCGGCCAGCACACCCGUAGCCCGCGUGAUCGAUGGUUUGGAACCGGCCGAGUUUGUUAGUCUGUUUCCCGCUUGGGUUAGCGCCGAUAUCAACGGGAACACGGUGAAAGGGCUGUCGGAAAAGUUUGAUGCGCUUACCUUGAUACAGCGCCCACGGAUGGCGGCCAAGAUACAGCUGAUGGAUGAUGGUUCCGGUGACAUGACGGUGUACCAGAUUGGAAUCGAUGAGGUGAAAGAGAUUCCGCUCAAGUACGCCAAAACGUUCUACUCCGGGAAUUGUUAUGCGGUCCACUACGAGGUUGCAUGCAGUACGGAGAAUGCGAACGGUUCGCUCCCGAACUCCAUCCGCAACGUGGUGUAUCUGUGGUGUGGGCUGAAUGCGCCACCCGAACAUCGUACCCUUGGGGAAGCAUUCCUGAACGAACUGUGCGAUCAUUUGAAAAAGAACGUUGUACAGGUACGCAUAACGGAGGGCAUGGAACCACCACACUUUUUGCAGAUCUUCAAGGGUGCUCUUAUCGUGCUGAAUGCACAAGAUCCAAGCCUCGAGCAAGGUGGCGGUGUUGUCAAUCUGCGCAAAUACCCAACAAGCUUCGUGCUGAAGGUGGUCGGCAAUACGACGUACACCUGCAAAGCGGUACAGGUGUCCAGCAAAACGCUCUACUAUCCGGAAGAUUGCUACAUUCUCAAGGCACCGGACAACGAGGUUUGGAUCUGGUGUGGCCAGUACUCGACGGGUGAUUCGCGCGAAAUGGCCAAAUCGAUCGCGUCCCAGCUGGGCGAGUACAAUCUCGUCAUGGAGGGUAACGAAACGGACGAGUUCUUCAAUUCGGUCGGCGAGAAGUUCCUAAAGCAGCUGAUAAAAACCACAGCGGCGGGUAACAUUAUUAUGCCGGCGGUACAAAUGAAUGUGGCCCAAACGUGGGACCAUUCGGUGAUCGGGCUAUAUCGCUGCCAGCUGCUCGAGGAGGGAAAGCCUACGCUGAGACAGAUCUUUGGAUUUACACAGCAAGAUUUAAGGCCCGACAGUGUCUUUCUGCUCGAUGCUGGUAACAUCGUGUACGCGUGGGUUGGUGAGCAAACGUUGCCCGAAGAGCGUGCCCAGUGCUGGGAUUUGGCCAAGCAGCUGAUCGCUUCCCAUCCGGUGCAGCGCGAUACGGCCAUGCCGAUCGCAACGGUUCGCCAGGGCGAAGAACCGAUCACGUUCGUUGGCUUCUUUGAUAGCUGGGACAAGAAAUAUUACGAGACGUGCGCGCUGUAUGAAAAUCUGCGCACAGCGAUCGAAUAUCCAAAUGGCAUCGGUGCGGGUGGACGUAUUUCCGGUGCUCCCAUACCGGUGCCCCGCUCAUCCGUACGAAGCGACGAUGGCAGCAGUGAUGCUUUCGAUCGAUACCAAAAGUAUCCACUUGAUAUGCUGCGUGGCGAUCCCGCCAACUUACCGGCCAGUAUCAAUCCGACGCGCAAGGAGAUACAUCUGACGCACGAUGAUUUCGUGACCGUGUUCAGCAUGACGUACCACGAGUUCGAGGAACUGCCCAAGUGGAAGCAGGUCGAGCUGAAGAAGCAAAAGAAACUGUUUUAAGGAUUGAUGCAUGCGUUAGCAGUAUUCCAACACUCAGAAAAUUCACUUACAAAGGUGUGUUAGUGCGCUCUGGUGCAUCUUAUUUAUCCUGUGUCGUUAUGUUUACAUUUUUUCUUAAUCAGAAAUUUUUAAUGAAGGCAAAAUAAACGUUCACGUUACACGUUUUUCUUUGAAAAUAA